CCUUCCCCUGCGACAUUCUCUCACUGCUCUUCUAUAUACAGUUCAUAUCAACACUCUACUAAACAAAAUGUCUCAGCCUGUUCCCCCAUCUUGGAAGGAUGUUGGCAAGUCGGCUUCGGACUUGCUUCUCAAAGAUUAUCCCAUCCAAGGGACUUCGCUCGAGGUCAAAACUAUCACCCCUUCCAAUGUCACCUUCAAGGUGGCUGGAAAUAAGGAUGAUAAGUCUGGUACCAUCUCUGGCGACAUUGAAGGAAAAUAUGUCGACUUCAAGAACGGUUUGACUUUCACUCAGGCAUGGACCACGUCCAACCUCCUCCGUACUCAACUCGAGCUCGAAAAUCAGAUCGCCAAGGGUCUCAAGCUGGACCUCGCUACCACGCUCAACCCCGCCAAAGCAGCAAAAUCUGCUAUCCUUACUGCCAUCUACAAGCAGCCUUCCCUUCACACCCGGGCCACGGUCGAUCUCUUCAAGGGUCCCACUUUCACUGCCGACGCUGUUGUGGGCAGGGACGGCUUCUUGGUCGGAGCUGAAGGUUCUUACGAUGUCCUCUCAGGUGCCAUCACCCGUUAUGCAGGUGCUAUCGGGUUCUCUGCUCCAGAAUACUCUAUCACCCUUCACGGUCUCGGCAAUAUGUCAACAUUCGCCGCUAGCUACUAUCACCGUGUUUCCAAGGAUGUAGACGCUGGUGCGAAAGCUGUGUACGACAUCAAGAGCACCACUGGUGGUGUUUCUCUCGAAGUCGGAACGAAGAUGUACCUUGACAACGCUGCGUUCGUCAAAGCCAAGAUCAACAACUCUGGUGUCCUCUGCGUUGGUUACACCCAGGCUCUUCGCCCGGGUGUCAAGGCCGUUUUCGGUCUUGGUCUCGACACUACCAGAUUGAACGACCCUACCGCUGGGCCCGCCGCUCACAAAGUCGGCGCGUCAUUUGUCUUCAACGCGUAGUGAUGGUAGAAGUGAUGCAACUGGUUAUUUAUCUGAUUC